AUGGCAAAGAGAAAUGGUUUCCAAAGACCUUUUCAUUUAUUUCAAAUUAUCUCAUGGACACUCAUUAUUUUUCAUACCGUGAUUGGCGUGCUUUGCAUUGCCUUGUUCUUAAAAAGAGACCUGCUUAUCAUAUUUUUGAUUUUAUUUUAUAUUUCCCACAUAUGCGUGAUAUACUCCCUGAAUUUUUUUAGAUCAUUAUUGACCUCACUUUAAUUUUUAAAAUUAAUUUGUAUUUGUCAGGUUUUUUUUUGAUAAAUAAAAACGAAAAUAAAAAAUCUCCGUUUAUAGGUUUAGGAUGCCUAAUUAGACUUAGAUUGCAUAAGGCAGAGGUCCUGAACCAUAAUUUUUUCUGGUCGGAAUUCUGCUGGGGGUAUAGCGAUCUAUUGUGAUGCAUAAAUUAUAAUUCAAGGCUAUAUUGCAACAGACUCAGACCCAACCAUCUUAAUAAAGCCAGAAACUGUCUCCUUGGACACAAAUAUCAACUAUUUUUGCACAAUCUGCAAGGUAUAUGUAACAGAAUCUGCUAAACACUGUGGGCAAUGCAACCGAUGUGUGGAUAGGUUUGAUCACCAUUGCAAAUGGCUCAAUAACUGCAUAGGAAAGCCAAAUUAUUGGAAAUUCAUACCUUUGAUAUGGACACUAGAAGUAAGCACUUUUAUAUUACUUUGCUUUGAAAUUUAUGUAGUAAAUAAAGGUUUUGCUAAAGAAUUAACUGAUGAUUAUUCGACCCAAAUUCUUGUCCUGACUAUAUUACUUAUAGAUAUAUUCAUUAAUGGGACAGUGUUUCUUACUCCAUAUUUUAUUCCCUCUAAUGGGUGAAGUUUUUUUAGAAAUUUAAAAAAUCCAAAUUUGCGAAUUGAAAGUGAAAAUUAAUCUAGCCUGUUGAAUUUAUUUAUAAAAAUGGAAAUUCAACAGAAUAAGCUAGAGAAUUCAUUAUAUUUAUUUAUCGCUUUUAUUGUAUCUUGUGCAUUUUGGGGCAGAUUAGAUUAGACUUUGAUGGGCAUUUAAAGGCUAAACUUCCUAAAGCAUCGUGCAUUCCGCAGCUGUCGUUGCGGUGUGGGCCAUCUCCAAGAAAAAACUCAAGGAGCUUGUGCUAUUUUGGAACUGGCCACAAAGCCGCCUAGAUAUAAGUUGCCCUGCCUCUAUUGGAUACCCAUUUUGGGCCUAGGUGCUGCUAGUCUAAAAGACGCAAAAAACUGCUGCUUGAGUCAUGCCACUAAUUAGCAGAAAUAGUGCUGAGCUUCUUACCUCAAGGCUAGCUCCACUCUUGGGUAGCUCCUUGCUUCAAAAAUCUACGUCUGGAUAUACAUAGAACACCCUCCACAGGAAGGGCGGGUCGCUUAGCACCCAUUUUUUAUAUUAUUAAUUAUCACUUACAUGCCAAAAUAUUUUUCAUAAAAAAUUUUUAAUUCGCUUUUUUUGACCAAAAAUAGGACUUUUCCAUUUUUUCCUCUCAGGAAGGGGACUUAGCAUUAGCCUAUUUAAUCAGCAUGCAUAUUUAUUUAGGAAUUAAAGGAAAAACUACCUAUGAGUUUAUACAAGAAUGAAGAAAAAAUAAAGAAAGAAAACAUAUAGUCCCGCUUGAAGAUAUUAAAGAGGACGACCAAGAAAGCUCUCUGAAAACUCUUUAUAAAAUCAGCCCAGAAAAGCUGGCAGAAAUAAAAAAGAGCGUGUAUAUAAAGCAUAAUACUUUUGUAGUGACGCCAGAUCUUGAUAUGUCAUAUUCGCCGUGUAAUGUUAAUAAAACCUUUGGAGCUGGGUCUUUUUCAAUUAACUCCGAUAUAUCGCAAAAACCUGAAGUAUUAAAUAAGAUUAAUUAA